AUGGAUAUAAUUUUUAGUGUAGCACUGCCCUUCGGGGAAGUGCUAUACUCAACGCAUUGGUAUAAGACUAUACUAAUUACAGUCAAUAACAGGGAACUAUAUGUUAACCUGAUCAUUAUCGAAAUUAAGGACUAUGACGUCAUUUUCGGAAUGGAUUUCCUAACAAUGUAUAACACUAGAUUCGAUUGUAGUAAGAAAGAAGUCAUUUUUGCACCGGUAGGAGAAGAUGAAUUUCAUUUUCAAGGGAAAGUGAAACAAACCCCUUCACCAAUGAUUUCUCUAGCGAAAGCAAGGAAAUUAUUAGUAAAUGGAUGCACUGGAUUUCUAGCAAUGAUUUGUGAUGUAUCGAAAGAGAAGCUUGCGAGACCUGAGGACGUUCAUAUUGUACGCGAAUUUAUGGAAGUAUUUCUAGAAGAUCAUCCUAGAAUUCCUCUCGAUCGUGAAAUUGAGUUUGAGAUCGAGUUGUUACUUGGUACAACUUCGAUUUCAAAGGCCCCUUACCGCAUGGCACCUCCUAAACUGAAGGAGCUAAAGACUCAAUUGGAGGAACUUUUGGACAAGAAGUUUAUAAGACCCAUCCAUUUACCAUGGGGAUAUCCAGUACUAUUUGUGAAGAAGAAUGAUAGCACAAUGAUAAUGUGCAUUGAUUACAGAGAGCUCGACAAAGUGACAGUUAAAAAUAAGUACCCACUACCCUGGAUCAAUGAUUUAUUCUACCAACUACAAGGAGUGGCGAUAUGCUUUGAAGUAUGCUUCCAAAGAAAUCAAAUGAACCAGUCGGUGCUGGAACUCAGGGAACGUUGCACCAGUUGUGCCACCUGUUGUGGCACUAGUAUUGCAGCAACAACAAGGGCUGAAAACAUGUGGGAGCCUCUCUAUGAGUGCUUCAGGAAACAACACCCUUCUACCUUCGAGGGAGGGCCAGAUCCGCUGCGAUUUGAGCAGUGGAUGGGUAUGACUACCUCCAUCCUGGACUUUAUGGGGGUGGCAGUCAGAACUGCAAAGGCUAAUGAGUUCAGUAAUCUGGUGCAGGGCACAAUGACUAUUAUAGAGUACGCUUUGAAAUUUGAUAGGUUGGCCAAGUUCGCUGCAGACAUGGUUCCAACUGAUGUGAUAAGAAAGGAAGAUUUGUUCAAGGGCUAA